AUGGGUGUCCCGAAGUUCUUCAGAUGGAUGUCCGAGAGAUAUCCAUCAAUCUCUCAACUCAUUGCUGAGAAUCGCAUUCCUGAGUUCGACUGUCUCUAUCUAGACAUGAAUGGCAUCAUCCACAAUUGCACUCACAAGGACGGCGAUGGACCCACCGCUCGGAUCACUGAAGAGCAGAUGUUUAUUGCAAUCUUCAACUACAUCGAACACCUUUUUGGAAAGAUCAAACCCCAGAAAUUGUUCUUCAUGGCUAUCGAUGGCGUCGCACCACGGGCAAAGAUGAAUCAACAGCGUGCUCGUCGCUUCAGAACUGCUCUCGAUGCUGAGAAAGCUCGAGAUAAGGCCAUUCGCGAAGGUGUUGAAUUGCCCAAGGAGGACCCUUUUGACAGCAACUGUAUCACUCCCGGUACAGAGUUUAUGGCCAAGUUGACCAGACAGCUCAAAUACUUCAUCAGCAAGAAGGUUUCGGAAGACGUCGACUGGCAGGGCGUCGAGGUCGUUCUGUCCGGUCAUGAAGUGCCCGGUGAGGGCGAGCACAAGAUCAUGGAGUACAUCCGACAGGCAAAAGCUCAACCGGGCUACAAUCCUAACGUGCGACACUGUCUUUACGGUCUCGAUGCUGACCUGAUCAUGUUGGGUUUGCUCAGCCACGACCCACACUUCUGCUUGCUACGCGAAGAAGUGACAUUCGGACGACAGGCCAAGAAGACCAAAGAGCUCGAGCAUCAAAAUUUCUAUCUCAUGCAUCUCUGCAUUGUACGCGAAUAUCUCGAAUUGGAGUUUCAGGAAUUGCGCGAGCCGGGUGCGCUGGAUUUUGAGUACGACAUGGAACGAAUUAUUGACGAUUUCAUCCUUAUGGCUUUCUUUGUCGGUAACGAUUUCUUACCAAACUUACCGAAUCUUCACAUCAAUGAAGGAGCGCUGGCGCUCAUGUUUCAAAAGUACAAAGAUAUUCUACCAAGAAUUGGAGGCUACAUCAACGAGCACGGUGUGAUCAACCUCGACCGCUUGUCUACUCUUCUCGAUGAGCUGUCCGAGGUCGAGCAUCGUUUCUUUGAAGCGGAAUAUCAGGAUGCCAGUUGGAUCGCAGCAAAGCGACAAAAGCCAGGUGAUGACGACUCGGCCGUGAAGCCCGGAAAAGUCCCGGCACGUAUAACGGUAGAUCAGAAAAAGCUCCUUGAGCAGAUCAGAACCUACUUUGUCGCACCGGCCGACAAGGACGCCACACGCGAGCCACUUAACCUCCCUCACACUCUUCCAGCACGCGAUCGAAAGUUCGUGCAGCAGCUGGCCACAGAUUUGAACCUGCAAUGGAGCACCGAAGAAGAUGAUCAAGGCAACCGCUUUGUGCAAUUGCGUUUCCCUCCCAGCGAUGACGACGAUGAUUCGGUUGACGAAGAAGAAGCCCAGGCUGCAGCUGCACGUAUUCUUAAGCGUUACAAGAACGCGAAGGUUGAGCAAGGUUCAAGCGAAGAAGCACAGCAACACAUGCAAAAGAAGUAUGAUGAGAAGUUUCAUCAAUGGAAGAACACCUACUACACCGAGAAGUUCGAAUGGGGCCUGGACAAUCAUGAAGAGAUGCGAGCUUUGACAGAAAACUACGUUCAGGGCUUACAAUGGGUGCUGUACUACUACUAUCGAGGCGUGGCUUCCUGGCCAUGGUUCUACCAAUAUCAUUACUCACCAAUGAUUUCGGACGUCAAGAAUGGCCUGAAGGCAAAUAUGAACUUCACGCUCGGCCAGCCAUUCCACCCAUACGAACAGUUGAUGGGAGUACUACCGGACAGGAGCAAGUCCAUUGUACCAACGGUCUAUUGGGAGUUGAUGACUUCUCCGGCCUCCCCAAUCAUCGACUUCUACCCGCGCGACUUCGAUCUCGACAUGAACGGCAAGAAGCAAGAGUGGGAAGCCGUCGUCAAGAUCCCCUUCAUCGAUGAGAAGAGGCUCCUCAGCGCAAUGGCCACAAAGAACCAUCUGCUCAGUGACGACGAGAAGAAGCGCAACGAUUUCGGUGUGAGCUUGAAAUUCACGUACGACGAUCAGCUCGACUACACCUACCCAUCAUCUCUGACAGGUGUAUUUCCGGAUCUGCCGAAUUGCCACUGUCUUCAAAAUGUGUUCGAGUUGCCGACUAUGGAAGGUUUGGAGCCGUACGCUGGCUUGGUGAAAGGUGCCAAACUUGGCGCGGACGCCUUAGCCGGCUUUCCAAGUCUGAAGACUCUGCCCUUCACUGGCAGUCUCGGCUUUCAUGGCGUCAGCGUCUUCCAGCAGGACAGCCGGAACGAAAGUAUGGUCAUCACUCUGUCCGAUACUGAACGACGUACCAAGAUCGAGUAUUCCAAGGCACUCCUCAACCGUCGCGAGGCCAAAGUUGUCAAGGUAUCAGAUGAGCUGUUCGACUAUGUCAUGGAUCCUUCCACAAAUACAACGAAAGCCGUCGAACAUGACGGUAAAGCCAUCGAUGAGUUUCACAAGAAAGCGGAACGAACCGAGAAAUACUACAGCAAGCGCUUGGGCAUGCUCACGGGUGAUGUCGAAUCGGUCGUGCAUGUUGAAAUGCUGAAAGGGCUCAAGAAGCUCGACGAUGGCUCCACUGUCAAAGAAUACGCCGACAUGCCUGGCCUCGAGCUGAUCCACGCUGCUCAACUUGUAGUCGAGCAUGUCUCUAGUGAGGACACUCGGUUCAUCGAGCAGGCCGCAUUGCCGAUCGAAGAAGAAUUCCCUAUCAACUCCAACGCCUUCUUCCUCGGCGAAUUUGCAUAUGGCAGACCCGUCAGCGUCACGGGCCAUCAAGACGGGCGCGCCAAAUGUCUGGUCGCCACAACGACGGCAAGGCAGGUAGAGUUUGGCAGAGACAUUGCUCAGCAAGCCGAGCGUCUCUCACCCUACGUGCCAUCAUACAUGGUUGCUCGGGAACUAAAGUUCAACGCAUUAGCUCUUGCAAAAAUCACUUCGGCUUAUUCGAUCAAGGUGGACGACAAGCGCGUGAAUCUUGGACUCAACCUCAAGUUCGAGGCAAAGAAGCAGAAGGUCCUUGGCUACUCACGGAAGAGUGCAGGCGGAUGGGAGUUCAGUCGCGCAGCUGUCAACCUACUGACGACGUACAUGACCAAGUUUCCAGACUUCAUCGCUGCACUUCACCAUAACCCACAGGGCGACAUGCUCUCACCUACCGAUCUGUUCCCCGGUGACGAGGGUCAAGCCAAUGCCCGUGUCAAGGAGAUCCAGACAUGGCUGAAGGAGAUCGAGUCCAAGAACAUGGAGCGCGUACCUCUCGAAGCCGAACAGCUCGACUCUGAUGUGGUGAAGAUGGUGGAGCACAAAGCCGAUGAGCUCUUCGCGAUGGAGCCAGCGCCUGUCAACAAGACCAUGAACGGUAUCCCUCGACAAGCUCUCCUGAAGCCAUCAGACGCGCAGUGGCGUCUCGGACAGCAGAAGUUCGUCCUCGGUGACCGCGUCAUCUACGUUGCAGACUCCGGCAAAGUUCCCAUUGCGUCGAAGGGCACGGUUGUUGGCUUGACGCAGACUACUCGCGAGACCUGGCUAGACGUGGUCUUUGACGUCUCUUUCAUGAGCGGCACCUCGCUUGGCGACCGCUGCUCUCCAUUCCGCGGCCAGACGGUGCAGACAUGGGCAGUACUGAAUCUCAGCAACCGCCAAGUGGUCUCUGGGUCCAAAGCCAGCACGGCUCGGCAACACGUCAACGGCACAGCGCAGACGCCGCUUACUGUCGGUGGCUACGGCAUGCCUGGUGCUGGUCAACUGCACCCGGCUGCUACUCCAGCACCUCUCCGUGGUGGUUGGCGAGGCGCUGUGACAGGUGGCAACAACUUGCCUCGCGGUGGAAGCGGGCAAAACGGUGCACGUGGUGGCGGUGGCGUCAACGGUAGCUUGCCAUAUCGCAACGCUAGCAAUCCCAAUGGCUAUUCGAACGGCUUCAACCACCAGCAGAGCUCCGGUCGAGGAGCACGUGGUGGUUUGGGCUUCAAUGCCAGCCCCAGUCAGGCGACUCGAGGAGGCUACACGCCGCUCGAGCGUGGCGAUGGGCAGACUGGUGUCGUGCAGAACAAUCCGAAUUUCAGACCGAAGCAGCAUAACAAUGUACCGCCGCCAGCUGCUGUCAAUCAGGGAUCAGACGGAAGGGGCCGUGGACGUGGACGGGGCCGAGGAAGAGGCAGCAGGGGCGGUGAGCGAGGAGGGCUCGGUGCGAAUCGUGGUGGGAACGUGCUCGGCGGUACGCCUGCUUGA